CAACAUUAUAAUAUAGUUGCUUGCAAAUCUGCCGUUCUUUAUCUGUAUAUUGUAGCACAAUGGAAUGUUCAACAACACGUAUCGCGGUAUUUCUGUUAUGGUGCUGUUAUUAUAACUACGGUGUUUACGCGAUCGAAAAACUAUUUCAACGGAACGAUGUUGAACGGAAAAUUGAAAUAUUGGAAACGAUCGUGAACAACGAAAUUUGGUGGAAGUUAAUAUGCAAUCGGAACAUUUUAUUCGACGGUGAAUUGGUCAACAUGAAAGACGUAUGGAGGAGACUCUUAAAGUGUCGUACUGCAGUGGUGAACGUGAGUGAACGUAAUAGCACGGAAAGUAAUGUCACCGUGUUUAAGGAUUUGUUGAGGGUCUCGAAAUCAAUAUACACCGCUUUAGAAUGCGAGUAUUCGAAUGUUAUCGUCGAUACGCUGAAGCUCUUGUUUUACGUCGGCGAUUAUUUCCUUUAUUUAAAAGAUCAUUUGGCGAAAAUGAUAUAUAACUUGUUCUCGUUCAGAGAUCUAUAUCCGAGUUUAAAGCAUGCCGACAAUACGUUUCUGUUGUCAUUGGUAUCCGUCUAUUUGGGCGUUCAAAUGAAUACGCCAGAGCCGAGAAAAACGGUAGUCGCUCGAAUGAUCAAUUUGAUCGAACGUUUCCGAUGUAAAUACUGCGAGAUAUCGGAUUAUGAUUAUUAUCAUUAUGAAAGCGAAUUCGAAGACGCGGCGAAAACAUCGGUGUUUGAGGAAUUACAAGACAGGCUUGAACGUUUGUCUGAAGAAAUAGAUUUCGGAAUGCUGCAGCAAUCUAAUGGAAAGCCGACAUUCGUUAGCGAAAUGUACGAUCCCAAUGUCAUAAUGAUGUCGCAUGUGUUUGCGAUAUAUCCGGCAAUCGAAAAAUUAACAGUGAAAUGGUUCGGCAAUAAGCCUGUGGCGCUAUACGACGUUGCUAAAUGUGUCAUAGGACGUUCGCAAAUCAGAGACGUGUACAGAUACUAUAUGUUAUUCGUCGGCAUGAUAAAAGAUUUUUUUUGUCUGCGAUUUCACCGGGUAAAGAACAACCGUUCGAUGUUUGAAAGCGAACUGGACGCUUUCGACGUGUAUUUAAGGCGAAUAGUGCCGGCUAAUUAUCCGCCGCAUUUAUUGCGUUCGGUGAAAAAAAUAAGACGCUCGGUGUGGGGCGAUCUGGACGCCGCGAAAAUGAAAAAAGCAACAUCAACGAGUAUCAGAAAAAUCACAUUGUUUAAAACGUCUCGGACGGAUUACGGCGGUGAUGCACCAGUGCGCUUGUCGAGAGAAACGAUAGACCUUUGCGCACGCGACACGGUAAUCGUUGAUGACGACGUGUCGAAAGCGUUUAUAGAAGAGACAGAAAUGUCGGAGUUCGUUCAAACGGUAAUCGGAAACGAGCCUAUUUUCGUAUCGACCGUCAUCGAAAUGUUUCACCUGUUUUCGAGCGAACCGAACACGCUUGAAUACCAUCACAUUUUCAAAACGGAUUCCCGCCGGAAAAACGAGGUCAAGCUCGAGUGCCCGCAAAUGCCGAAAAUCCGAGAAACCCUGUUUCUGGUGCGAUCGUCGAUCGCCGCCAUGCACCAAUCGGAACACCACGUGAAAAAAACCAACGGUCCGCAUUUGUCCACGUUGCUCUCGAUUAAACUUCUCGUCCGGAAUCUAGUCCUCGUACUGGAAAACUUUAACGACCACGACGAAUCCUUCGCAGAGAUCAUCAACAUUUUCGCGCCGCUCGCCAUCUACGUCAAAAGCCACCGGUACUCGUCGUUGCAGUGCAUCGUGCUGAAACAGUAUCUACUGCUGACCUUGAACGCGGUAGAAGGUUACGAGCUGAACAAUUGCAACGGCUACGGGGCGCCGGUACCGUACAACCUCGACAUGUACAAAACCAUAUUGGACGACGAACACAUGUACGUGCCCGCCGGUUCCAAAAUCGUAAUCACUCCCGCCGAUUUCGAUACGCGUUACAUAACGCGACGGAUAACGAAAAUCACAAAAGAAGUGGAACAAUUGUUCCACGUUAGCAGCACGGAUGACGAUUACGUGGACGACAGUCUGUCGCUGGUCGACAAAUUAGUUCCCAACGCGUAUUUCCAAUACUACGACAGUGAAUUCAAUUUGACGACCGUUUUCUGGGACGGAGUCGAGGUGCACGUCAAUAACGUGAACACGAGCGUCACCCGCGACAUAAUCGAUGUCGGCCAUUUGAUCCGGUUUCAAAUAUUCAAACUGAAAUUACUGAUUUGUAACGUUUUCAGAAAAAUGUUAUUCGUUACCCGGCACGCGAGCGAUUUUUCAACUAUCAUACAGGACGACAGCGAAAAUACUUUAGUGGCGUCGAUAAACGACGUUUUUAUUUUGUUCGGUGAGCUUUCGUUUCCGCUGAAAAUUGGAGAUUACGUAAAAACAAUCGUACACGAAUACGAGGAAAUAUUUCAAAAUUACGACCCGCUCAUGUUCGAUGAGAAUUUUGAAGAAAACUCGCGAAAAAUGAGCGACACACUCGAGGAACAGCUCGAACUGUUGAAAACGUCCGAAGUGGACGACAAUAAUAUCCUACCGGAGACUGACCUCAAAUCAAUGUUCCAUAGAAUCCACUAUUCGCUCGAAACAGACUUGAAGUUCACGUCGAAGAUUUUGGAAUCGUUAAUGGAGAGUAAAAUAAUCGCAGUUGAUGAUUUGUUUAACCUCGUGUAGCCUGCGUAAUUUGCGUCUUUACUAUACACAGCAGCAGGUUCACGAAAUAUAAUCACCUGUAUUGUAACGAAUUGUAACGUUCGAAAUCAAAACGUUUUAUGCGUAGUCGUGUCGUGUGUGUAACAUGUGAAAUAUUGUAGUUUUUAUUAUGUUUAACACACACAUGAGGCACCAAUACUCACU